AUGGCCGCCGACACAAACCCAAUUGAGAUCGUCCUUCACCUCCCACUGCUCUGUGAAGAUAAGAAUGUUCCCUACGUAUUUAUAUCGUCACAACAAGGUAAGCCAACCCAUUCAUUUACCGUUUCUGGUAGCUCUCGGUCGUGCCUGUGGUGUUUCGCGUCCCGUCAUCGCGGUGGCCGUAACAGAUAGCGAAGGCUCUCAGUUGAAACCUCUGGUCACCAAUAUCCAGCUAAGCAUUGAGAAACUCCUCAUCUAA